UGUCUCAUAUAUGGAAUAAAGAACACCUUUAUUUGCACUAACUUUGCUGUGCUGCCUAUUAUCAACUUUAUCUAAAGUGGGAUCGGAGCACCGAGAUCCAAUUGGCGUGCACCCCUGGGACUCUGUUGACUGGAUGUGCUGCUUACUAUUGGUUUAUAUUUGGUGGUGAAUAAGCGUGCACUCUCUACGGAUUAUGGAAAUCUCCAAUGGCAACCAGACUGGUCUGCCGACCUCCACUACUUAUUCCAUGGAUACUUUCUCUUAUACCGCUCUGGACUUCAAUAGAAUUAUUGGCAAUUCUACAAAUGAUGCAUCAUUUUUGCACAAUCCUUCCAACUUGGACCUCAAAAGGAUGUAUGAGACAGAAACUAAAAGAGCAUUGGGACUUCAACUGCAUGUUACCACAAUGACAGAAUAUUUCCGGACCCAUAGGAUACCAAGAGGUAUGCGCAUACAACCUCGUACAAAUUCUUUCACAAAUGAUUUAGAAUAUAGAGCAAAAUAUGAGGCUAUCUCGAACAAGUACGCACUGGACUUGAUUUUAUUAAAUCUAGAAUUUUUGCAACAUGAUCUUCUGUCAUGUCAAACCAAGAUUGCCGAAUUGGAAACCACCUUGAAGAGUGCCUUUGAAGCAGAGGAACUCAAUAAAUUACUGAAAAAAGAACAGAAUUUUUUGGUCAAACAACAAGUGGCAAUUGAAGAAACUAAACGGAAAAAAUGGUUUAGAGAUAACCAGGACUAUAUUAAUAGUAGAGUGUAUGCCUGGGACAAUGUGACCACAUCUAUGAAAAGAUUCAGCAGGAGGAACUACACCGGCCAAGACGUCAAUGAAGUCAUCAAUCAGCCUGGACAAACUGGAAAUAAUGCACGGGAACAGCCAAAUAAACAGCAACCUUUUUUAGGGGUACAACCAUUCCAAGCAGACGGCAGAGGGGAGGGCGCAGACACUUCCGCGCCCUCAAAAAAGACACAGCAGAAUACUCGGAAUCAGGGACAAGCCACAGGGACACAGAGGAAGAAGUAGAAAAUAUGGACAAUCCGAUCGUGAUAUUCAAGUAUCUACAUUCCGGUUAUGGAGUCCGCUAGAUUUGGAGACAGAAUCCCUACCUAAGAACCGCA